UUCUACAGGCGAAUUUAUUGUCGUUCUUUAGGGAUAGAGUUGGAAAGUAGUGCUUGAGAGCUUUUCAGGUCGGAACCUGUUCAAGAAGGCAGGCAUCGAUAUUGGAUACCUUCUGUUUUUAUUGUUAUUAUCGUCGGGUUCUCUCUUCUCUGACAGCCACUCUCUCUGUCCGUAUCGGGAUUCUAGGUUAUAAGAGUGUUUACAAGUGAGUUAAGUGUUGAAAAAUGUGUCGGACGGGUCGGAAGUCUUCUAGAUUGGGAUUGGAGCCGAAUAGGGCUCGAAGCAGAUAGAAAUAGGUCGAAUAUGGUGUAAUCCGCAGAACGGAGUCGCACCGUAGAAAGGAGAAAACUCCUUUCUUCGCGUCCCCAUGGCUUCGACCGUGAGGAAGCCUGUCUACGGGAAAAGGCCGCCUUGCUCGUAUCAAGGCAGACUGGAAGAAAGGAUUUUAAAAGCGUGCGCCCUCCGCCUGGAAAAGUCGAGAAAGCCGGAAAAGCCGGAGGACUUCAUAUGCUACACGGACUCGGAUGAGGAAGAAGACACCCCGGCAUCGCAGCAGAAAAUACUCAACACCUCGUUCAGCAUCGUCGACUACAUCAGGAGCAGGGAGAUGGGCUUGAAAGAGUCGAGGACCUUCAACAGGGACUACGGAUCGAGGCACAUUCUCGCCCACGACAUGUUCAGAGAGCAUCCCAUCUCCUUGAACAACAUGAACAAAGUGUUCUGUUCCCAGUGGCUCAGCGAUCGCCAAGUUGUCUUCGGGACAAAGUGCAAUAAGUUAAUGGUUUAUGAUGUAGUAACAGAGAGAAUAGAUCAAAUACCUAGCCUUAACGGGAAGAGAGAGACAAACCUGGAUGCACCACAGGCAGACAGCUUUCACGGGAUUCACGCUGUUCAAAUAAAUCCUUCUCACACACUCUUGGCCUCUGGUGCAAAAAAUUCUAAUGAAAUAGCAGUUUAUAGACUUCCUACCUUGGAUCCCGUCUGCGUCGGACAGGGUGCACAUCGAGACUGGGUCUUAGAUUUGUGUUGGUUGGAUGAUAAAUUUUUAGUAUCCGGCUCGACUGAUACAAGGCUGGCGCUUUGGAAGUUCGACGAAGAAAACACCUACCUACUAGAAGACUCGCUUCCAUGUUAUUUAUUUGUCGAUGCAUUAGAUGUUAGAGAAUGCAAGUACGCUCAGAAAAUAAGAGCUCUUGCAUUCAAUAAUGUCAAGAGGGAAUUGGCAGCACUCUCACUAAACGGCUAUAUCCAUAUUUGGGAUGUCGAACGAUUUAGACAGAAAUUAUCAAGAAAACUUCCAAGCUGUCAAGAUAAUGUGUGUAUGGCUGUACAAAACACAGGUGCACUUUAUGCUAUAGGAUGUAAAUCGUAUACUUUAUUAUUAGAUUCUAGAACAUUACAGCCUGUUAAAAAAAUUCCAUCGCGUUAUAGUGGAUGUGGGAUUAGAUCUGCCAGUUUCCAAAGUAACAUCCUGACUAUAGGAACCGGAGUUGGGAUGAUUAUGUUUUACGACUUGAGGGCGGGGAAAUAUUUAGAAUCUAGUAUUAAUUCAAGCCGGACAGUCAUUCUAAAAUCUUCUAGAGGCUAUGUUUUUCCUGAUGAAGAAUUGAUGGAUGGAUUCCACCAGGUCAAAUACACUCCAGCAAUUUAUACCCACUGCUACGACUUUUCAGGGACUAGAUUAUUUUCAGCAGGUGGACCCUUGCCCGCAAACAUUUACGGCAAUUACGCUGGUUUGUGGCAGUAACGAAAAUCUUUUAUUUAUUCAAAAAUUUUAUUAAGUGUGAUUGCAUUUUACGUGUUGUAAUAAAUCGGACAAAGUGCGAGUGAAAAAAAAAAGAACUGCUCUGAAUGAACUUUGAUUUAUUUGUAAAGUUUUUAGACCGUUGUACCUCAUUCAUUUUUAACAAACAAACAAAACUUGUGUCCAUUUCAUAACAUCAAUGUUGUAAAUAUAUAUUUGUAAAUAGUCAA